CCCUUUCUGGCCAGCUCUGGCCACCCCCAUUGGCCAGGCUGCCCCUCCCAUGGGGCCUGGGCCCUCCCACCACUCACCAGAUAAGACAGCCCAGGUCAGCUUUGGCCAGCCAGAGGCGCUGGGGCUGGGAUGGGGCCGCCUGGCUCCCCGUGGCAGUGGGGGCUGCUGCUGGGGCUGCUGUUCCCGCCUGCUGCCCCCUUUUGGCUCCUCAAUGUGCUCUUCCCCCCGCACACCACGCCCAGAGCAGAGCUCAGUAACCACACACGACCCAUCGUCCUCGUGCCUGGCUGCAUGGGGAACCAGCUAGAAGCCAAGCUGGACAAGCCAGACGUGGUGAACUGGAUGUGCUACCGCAAGACGGAGGACUUCUUCACCAUCUGGCUGAACCUCAACAUGUUCCUGCCCCUGGGGGUGGACUGCUGGAUCGACAACACCAGGGUGGUCUACAACCGCAGUUCUGGGCAAGUGUCCAAUGCUCCCGGUGUGCAGAUCCGCGUCCCUGGCUUUGGCAAGACCUACUCCGUGGAGUACAUAGAUAAAAACAAGCUGGCAGGUUACAUGCACACGUUGGUGCAGAACCUGGUCAACAACGGCUACGUGCGCGAUGAGACGGUGCGGGCCGCCCCCUAUGACUGGCGGCUGGAUCCCAGCCAACAGGGAGAGUACUACCGGAAGCUGGCUGGCCUGGUGGAGGAGAUGCACACCACCUACGGGAAGCCGGUCUUCCUCAUUGGGCAUAGCCUCGGUUCCCUGCACCUGCUCCACUUCCUGCUGCAGCAGCCUCAGGCCUGGAAGGACCAGUUCAUCGAUGGCUUCAUCUCUCUCGGGGCACCCUGGGGCGGCUCCGUCAAGUCCUUGCUGGUCCUGGCUACAGGUGACAACCAGGGCAUUCCAAUCAUGUCCAGCAUCAAGCUGAAGGAGGAGCAGCGCAUAACGAUGACCUUCCCCUGGAUGUUACCUUCGAGCAUGGCCUGGCCGGAGGACCACAUAUUCAUCUCCACACCCACCUUCAACUACACCAGCCGGGACUACCAGCGCUUCUUUGCAGACAUACGUUUCAAGGCAGGCUGGGACAUGUGGCUGCAGGCAAGUGACCUGGGAGAGCUCCCAGCGCCCGGCGUGGAAGUCUACUGCCUGUACAGCAAGGGCCUGCCCACCCCCCAAACCUACAUCUAUGACCACGGCUUCCCCUUCUCGGAUCCCGUGUCUGUACUCUAUGAGGAUGGGGACAACACGGUGGCAACACGGAGCACCGAGCUCUGUGCCCGCUGGAAGGGCCUUCAGCCACAGCCUGUGCACCUGCUGCCCCUGCACGGAACACAGCACCUCAACCUGGUUUUCAGCAACGAGACACUGGAGCACAUCAAUGCCAUCCUGCAGGGCGCCUACCGCAGUGGCACCCCCACACCCCGGGCGGCCAACCCAGGGCCCCUGCCCCCGGAAUAAACUCUCCUUUGCUGCUUUAAA